AUGAAGAGUUACACAUCAGCUCGAGUCAGGGAGAAUGCCGGCUUAGCUGAAUGCCCCACUCAGAAACAGCCAUCCACAAUGGUUCACCCAACGGGAGACAGACAGAUUUCGCCCUGCGUUGUUCGCGUUUUCUCAACAGAGCUUCAAACUGGGACGUAUCGCAAAAGGAAGCUGGUAGAAGUAAUACUUCGACCAUUCAGGGUAUCGCAGUCAGAUAAACAACAACGACGCCCCAUCCACACAGUUCGAGGUCAUUUCUCCCUGACGGAGAUCCGCGGUGCCAAGUUCCCUGGUCGCCAGACCGCCGCUACAUCUCUGUGUGCCCUUCUCCAGGCCACGACUUUGUGCCCGUCUUCCUGGUCAGCUGAGGUCAUCGACAGACUCCUGCUACAGGGGGACAAUCUUCACAGUACAAGGAUCCGUCAUCUGGCCGGACCUGAAAACGGAAUUCUGAAACCGGAACAGCUGCCUACUAACUUUAACUCCGGGAGAACGGAUUUUACCAUUCGCUUUAAGAAGGCUCCAACAGGCCUCUUAUUGGCAGAUGAAGUCAAAAUUGUCACCACGCAGCAAAGUUUUCAGACUCAGUCCCAUUGUUUACAGAAAGAGUUACGGCGUUGGCUGACGGACGGUCAUAGGGGAGUUCUGAUGACAGCUAAUGACAUCACAUUCGUCAUGUCGUCUGCUAGCAACCACUACUAUUUGUUUCACCCGUGCUUUGUCUCCUGUGCUUUGCUUCCUCGCCUGUUUGAGUUUCACACGGGAUUUCUCACGUGGCCGGAAGCUGCCAAAGUGUGCCGAAGCCGAGGCGGGGUGCUGGCCACGAUACAUGACAUUGGCACAAUCCCCGAACUACAGUUUGACAAAGAACCAGUUUCCAAUGUGAAGUUUUGGACUGGGUUAUCGGCUGACGAGAGCGGUACGUGGAGCUGGCAGGAUGGAUCUCCUAUGGGUUGGAGUAACUGGGCACCUUCCGGUCCAGGGUCUGGGGGCUGCGGUACAGCCUCGUUGGUGUAUCGGUACUACUGGGUGAAAGAGGAAUGCAGCUACCUUUUCCCUUUUGUAUGCGAAUAUCAAACGGGUACAUGUAACUACACCAUGUUGCCGAAGAGUAGCAUAAUCGGUCACAACAACAGGAUGGUAUUCGACAAGACGCCAGAAGAGUGCAAGAAGAUUUGUUCGGAAAUGUCCGACUUCAUCUGCAGGUCGUUCGAGUUUCACACCCGAUUACGCUACUGUCAGCUCAGUUCUGGCAACCGUUGGACGCUUGAGGGAUACCUAGACGUCAACGACCCGUCACAUAACCUUUAUCAUCGCAGCUGUAACAAAGCAUUCCUGCCGUCAAGUUCACCAUCACCGAGCCCUACCCCACUAGAGACAAGUUUCUAUUCAUACGAAGAACCCAGCACGUUCUUCAUCACACCCACACAAUGCUUCAAACUAAUGGUUGCAGAGGUGAUUGAAAAGGUUGAAGAAUUAGGUAAAUAUAAUUUUUUUUUUACAGCAAUAUGGGAUUUUUCCACCUCAAAACUGAUCAUAUGUACAGAGUACGAUCCGAACAAUUUCUUCUCGAGCUCUAUUUACCCCACCAGCACGUCAAUGGGCAUGUUGGUAACGACGACCCUUGCGCCCGUACAGAAAGCAAUUGUUCAACUAGAAAAGACAUUACAAGUGGUUAAAGAGAACGCUCGUCGGAAAACGAAAGUGAGCACGCCCGACGAACGGCCAUCGGCCACCACUGUGGGUUACGUGGCCGGAAUCAUCAUGUUUGGGGUUCUUGGUCUGGUCAUUGUCUUAGACCUCGGGUCUUUGUUCCGAGAUUUAAAAAUCCUAAAACGGAACUUAAGAGCACGACGUCAUCGCCAUAAGCCGACGAAAGUCGUGCUUACUUUUGAUAAGCAAGGUUACAACAGAGACAUGAAAGGCCAAAAGGAGUCGGAUAUAUAUAUUGAGAACAAAGAAACCGAAUUUGUCGAACCGAUGGAGAAAAAUUCCGAACCGGAACCGGAUUACGAUCUGCCCACAUCGGAAGUCUUCAGCUCUCCUCGAGUGCCCCGGAUGCUCAGUCAGCCGUCGCUAGGCGAGCGCGCGUAUUCAUUCUCCGGAAGUAGGAGCACGGAGAACCAUUACGAGGAUCCUUCCAGCGUCCUGUCGUUGGCGUCAUCUCGUGGUGUAAACUCUCCUGCCAUGAAGGGGGACUUCAACGACAUCGGGGCUGAAAAUGAUAAAAAUGUGAACUCAGAAGACUAACCGAUCAUAAUUUUGAACACAAAUUACGCGUGCUAGUAUGCAAUCAUUCUAUAAUCUCUCUUUGUUUCGUGGAGUACGUAACAGGCGGGUCGUACAUAUACUGAUUAUUUAUCAAUUAUUUGUCCAAAACAUGGCGUAUAUGGGCAAGAUUUCUUACACAAUGAUCUUUGCCGUUUGGUAAGUUUCACGCAGUCACGUAGUCUUUGGGUUAUUAAAUGGUUACUUGGCAAAAUGCUUCGAACAAGAAAAUGCCCCAUGUUCUUGAAUGAAAGACAUUCAAGAACAUAUGAAGAGCCAGAUGUGGGAGACAGACGAUAGUGCAGUGACAGUGGCAAUAUAUGAUUGGUUAUAAAUUUGUUUGCCCAUAAAUGUUAUAUAGCAUUUAGAGCGAAUGGACGCAUAGAGCUGCAUAAAUAGCUUUUUUAUGGGUCUUUGUCGAAUGUGUUUGAUAUCUAAUAUAAACUUUUUC